GCGCCGGGCAGCGAGCGGGCCUCGCGCGGCGGCCACAACAGACGCGAGCGAGCCGCCGGCGCCGGCUGACCGUGUGGUGUGCGCGCGCGACAUCCCGUCUCCGCUGACCCGGCACUAUGUGUCGCGCUGAUGUGGAGGAAAUUCAUGCUUCCGAUUCAUAAGCAAAAGCGCAUCGAGCGGCUCCUGAGGUGGCGCGUGUGCGAUGCCGACGGCGACGCGACGGACACAGUGCGACCGGACAGCGGUGCCGGCGCCGAGGCCGACAGGAGCCCGGCCAGCGCCAAUGGCGAGGCGGCCGAGCGGACACUGGUCAGGAGCGUGCUCAAUACGCUGGAACUCGACGCGCUGAAGAUGCUGUGUGAAGUGAUUGAGAGCCGGGGUGACGCCCUGGGCUCGUGUGUGACCGUGCCGAAAAACGAGUACGUUCUCAGGUCGAAGAGUGCCACGCCUGUUGUGCUGUUCUGUCGCUACUUCCGCUGGCCAGAGGUGGACUGCCAGAGCCGGCUGCGACGGUUGUUCGUCUGUCGCGGCGCCAGUGGUGACUGCCAUGAUUGCAUCAAUCCCUACCACUGGAGCCGAGUCUACUCUCAAGUUCCAGAGAGUUCGCCGCCACCUGUGUCCGGAACAAAGCUGUCCAGUCUGCCUGCCGAGCGCUGCCUCUCUGGUGAAUCGGAGACGGUGGUACCCGAAUCGCUGACGACCGGAGGCACCUACUCCAGCUGCGAUGACUCCCAGCGUACCUGGUGUCGGCUGCUCUACCGGGAACGAAAGCGACGCGUCGGUCCCGAUUGGCACGCCCGCGGUCCCGUCCAGAAUGUGUUCUACAACCUGCCUCACGAGGAUGGUGUGGCACUGUCGGACGUCUGUGGCCAACACCCCAACCCGGAGCCGGAUGUGCGCAAGACUCGACCGCAGAUCGGUGCAGGUCUGAGCCUGAGUCUGGAGCCGUCCGGCGUCUGGCUGUACAACCGCAGUCAGAAGCCGCUGUUCGUCUCCAGCCCCACCCUGGACCCGCCGGAGGGAUCGCCAGCCUCGGAGGCCGUCCACAAACUGCCGCCCGGCUACUCAGUGCUCGUAUUCUCCUGGACAGAGUACCAGGCCCGCCGGCGGUCCGGUGACGCCCACCACGAACUGCGCGACCCGCGCACGGCAGUGGUCAGCUUCGCCAAGGGCUGGGGCGCCGCGUACAAGCGACGGACGCUGCUCGAGUGUCCGUGCCACCUGGAGUUGUGUUUCACCCUGCCAAUAGACGGGUGGCGGUGACGGCACUAGUCAGGCGCUGCAGGUGGCGCUGUCGUCGGUCCGCGCACUGAGAUCUGGUCGUUAUUCCGCGCGCAGGGGGCGCUCCUGUCGCGGCCGAGGCUGCUCGCGCCGCGGCCCGGCGCUGCGAGCGAAACAGGUGCUUCCUGUGCCGUGCCUUCCUGUGAACGUGGGGCGGGGAGGGGAGGGGGGGUGUCGGCGGGGGUGCGCGCUCAGUCCCCGGCAGCUAGUCGUCGGUGGGUCGAGUCGUCUCAUCAGUCCCUGCCGCAGGCCGGUUCUGGCUACUCGCUAGCCAAUUGUGUGAUGCAAUCGGAUGUUAUGUACAAAUUUAUAUGAGGAAUACAUUUGCUACUGAGA